AUGCGCCAGCCAGAGACUUUGUACUCCUUCGCCCGAUUUAUUGUUGCCUUUCCUGGCUUGGCAUUGGGCUACAAGCAAGAUGCACGAAAUGAUCUCUUCUUCAUCGCUUUCAGGGAGUACAUCAAGAGCAUUACAUUGGCGUCCAGCGAUUCUGUCGGAGUGGAGGAGGCGAGGAAGACUUAUGUGCGCAACUUUGAUGCUCUGACGGAGAUGUGUUUAACCUGGACACACCGCUCCUUUCGCUGGCUUUCGCUUUACACAUUCCUUGGGCUGUGGAUGCGGUCGAUUCUGUGGGAACGGCCAGAGAUUUGCUUCGGUCGAAAUUUGUCGCUGGAUGCGCAG